CUUGAUCCAGGAUAUGAGAAUGACCCUGCGAUUUAUUCAGUCAUCACCUUAUCAAAUUCUGAUCUAAAAUUAGUUUUGGAAUCCAUUCCAUCUCAGCCUGUUUCUUCUUCCACUCUACCUCAUUAA